AUAUGUUAAUAUGCGCACAUAUACUGUAUGAACAUAAUUUUUCAGUCCAAGAGAUAUUGUCUUAUUCUAUUACCUUCCGAAACUAUUCAAAUUAUUUUGAGCAAUUUGGAACCUCUUGAACUAAUCAAUAUCUCAAAAUCAAACAUGAGAGCAAAGGAAAUAGUUACGGAGUUUGCAAGAAAACACCUGAGAGGAUGUUAUAAUGUUGCUGCGUCAAUCAUGGUGCACAGAGUGUCCAAAUCACAAUCUGUACGAAAAAUCAGAAAACUUGGCGUCUCGAGCAACCUCGAGAACAAUACAAGUUUUUCUAUGAGGAUAGACCAGUUUUGAAGAGAGUUAGUUCGGAUCCGACGCAGUUAAUUGAGUUCGCAACGGAUGUUUUACAUUGUCCAAUUCGUUCGUUGACGCUAAAUUUGGAUGGGAAUGCAGAACACCACCAAUCAAUUUUCAGCUGCCUUACAUCGAAAAAUGAGUUAAUGGAAGUGUGCAUCAGUGGAA